ACAGCUGAGCUGGAGCGCGAGCCGUCAGCGGCUGCACAGUGAGAAGUCUAUUCUGCUUUAUCUUUCAGUUUCAGGACAGCACUGUCAUCACUGAGGACUUAAAUGCGUUGAGCAGUUAUUACGUCAGAUGGGAAACGCUCUAUAACCACACCAGCAUCAUCUGUCUGCUGCCAUGACGACGGGCUGCAGCAGCCACUUUCCCGAGGUGUUAAUGGACCAUUCGGAUACUACACCUCUCAGAAGCUCUACGGGCCAUGAGCUUGCUCCAAUGGAGGGCUCAGACUUCUGUGAACCCGCCCUUCCAGGAAAAGCUAUGGACUCUGAGACAAAUCUAGUGACUGAGGAGGCACAGUAUUGGAAACACAUGGCAGCAAAGGAUGGACAACUAAUGAACAGUGCAGUAUUAGCCAAACAGAGUGCUCUAGUGGAGAGACCCAUGUGUAGGAUCUGCCAUGACGGAGGGGGACAGGAGGAGCUGCUGUCCCCGUGCGAGUGCGCAGGGACGCUGGGGACCAUCCACCGCAGCUGCUUGGAGCACUGGCUCUCGGCCUCUAGCACCAGCUUCUGUGAGCUCUGCCAUUUCCAGUUCAGCGUGCAGCGCAAGGCACGACCUCUCCUCGAGUGGCUCCGUAACCCAGGGCUGCGUCAGGAGAAGCGCACGCUGUUCGGCGACAUGGUGUGUUUCCUGCUCAUCACGCCAUUAGCCACCAUCUCAGGCUGGCUGUGUCUUCGGGGAGCUGUGGAUCAUCUUCACUUCUCCAGCAGACUGGAAGCUGUUGGCCUGAUCGCUCUCACUGUAGCUCUCUUCACCAUUUACCUCUUCUGGACACUGGUGUCUCUCAGGUACCACUGCCGUCUGUACAACGAAUGGCGUCAAGCUAAUCAAAGAGUGGUGCUUCUGCUUCCCAAGUCCCACAGCGAGUCGUUAGGAAAUCCGUCAGUGACGGGCCUGCUGAGCGUAAAACGACCGUCCAAAGAAUCUAUAGUGUGACUGCGUAUUUUCUACUUGAACUAUAAACGCUGUACAGAGGAUUAUCCUGAGAGGAAAGGCCAAGGACUGAGUGAAAAAACAGUGAUGACACUGAUUGUCCUGUUUAAUUUUAAAAAUGCUACUGAGGAACUAUGGACGUGUUUAAAGGAAACCAUUUGCUUGUGGACUUUAUGUUAGCAAGUUUGCUAACGUUAACUCUGGAUGGACUAUAUACUACAAUUUGUCUUGUUGAUUACACAACAGUAUCUGUAACUUUUUCUGUUUUGUUUCUUGACUUUUGAUUUCUUUUAGGCAGAUGUAGUCUGCUACAGAUUCAUUUAUUUCUGAGAGAAACUUGCUCACUUUUUGUCAUUCUUUUUUUUUUUUUUUGGUUGUAAGUUUCUUACUCGAAAAGGAGAUUUUGUAAUUUGUAAAUGGAACACAUGUAAUGUUGUUAGGUAAGUGUUGUACAGUAAUGGAAUCUGCAAUAUCCACCAAUCAGCCAUCACAUGAAAACCACUGACAGGUUAAGUAAUUUACAUUAAUUAUCUCAUUCCAGUGGCACCUCUAUAGGGCUGGUGUAUAUAAGGUAGCAGGUGAACAUUCAGUUUUUGAAGCUGGCCAAUGGAAGCGAUGUGAUGCUCUAAGCAAUGUUCUACUGAAAUUACCACCUAUGUAAAAAUUGUAGACCAAGUACAACCCUCAUGGCAACAGUAUCCCCUAAUGGCAGGGGCAUCUUUCAGCAGGAUAAUGCAGCAUGCCACACUGCAAAGCAUGUUCAGGAACAAUUUCAGGAACAUAAAAAUGUGUUCAAGAUGGUAACUUGGCUUUGAAAUUCCCAAAAUCGAAAGUCCUAUCGAUGAAGGCCCAACCGUUGCAACUUACAAGACUUAAGGGAUUUCCUGCUUACGUCCUGGAACCAGACGCCACAGCACAACUUCAGAGUUCUUGUGGAAUUCAUGCCUCUACCAGAUCAAGGCUGUUUUGACAGCACCAUUGGGACAUAUUUAUAUUUUAAACAGCUGUCUGAUGUCUGGUGCCUUUUAACGCUAUGCCUGGUCAGUGUUUGCAUUUUCCAUUGUAAAUUUUCAAGUUAUAAUUUGUGCUGAAGUAUCUCAAUAUCAGUAAAAUACCACGUCAGGGGAGAUUUUUAAUUAACCUUACAGCUUUUGUUAUGGUUUCGAGUGUUUGAUCUGAUAAUAAAUGUCACCUAAAAACUGUAAUAGCUUAUUAUACGUAUGAUUUAAAUCAAGUUAAACACAAAAAAAAAAAACUUUCUCCCACUUGACAGAUUUGUAUAGGUGAUACAAAUAUCGGUACAAUAUAUUGGUGCCUAAAGACCAAUUUUUAAAGAAAAAUUAUAUUUAGAUGCAAUAUUUUUUUCUUCUCACAGUCACUGGCCGAGGAAUGAAGCUGAGGAAGAGAUGAGUAAUAAAAAUUAUUUCAGUUUCUGUGAGGGGGUGAAACGGGUGCCUAAGCAUGUUGCUAGUUUUGAUUCUUAUGGGAAUAACUGAUAUCACUGACACAUUCGGGCCUGAGUCAAACUAUCUUUAAAAAUCAGCUAAAAGAAAAUAUGACGUUUUUAGAUCAGUCAUGAUGAGAAAACGAACAUCAUUCUCACCUGAGAAGUGAACAGUUUCUACAAGCUAAAGCUAAUUGGAGGCAACUACAGUUCUUAUAUCAACAUAAAGAAACUUAGCUUUUUCUAAGUUUGGACUAUAUAAACCUCCAGGGAAAAAAAAACUUACAGAAAAUAAGCUGGUAAUAAAUUUUGAUAAUUACCCAAUUUGAUUUAAGAAUGUUUGUUUGUCCU